AUGGCUCAUAUUGCUGCAGGAGGCUUGCACAAGAUGAAGCAGGCGGUGCAGGGCAUGACAGAGGAUAAGAAGAUCAAAGACCUUGCUCGAGACACCUCCGACGUGCAUGCUCCGGUAACACUUACCACAGAUCAUGGCACUAAAGUAAGCAAUACGGACAAUUGGCUCAAGGCAGUAGACGACCACAGAACUGGGCCAUCGUUGCUGGAGGAUCAGAUUGCUCGUGAAAAGAUUCACCGUUUCGACCACGAGCGCAUACCCGAGCGUGUCGUGCAUGCCCGUGGAACUGGUGCUUUUGGCCAUUUCAAAGUCCUCGAAAGCGCGGCCGAUGUCACCUCAGCUGGUGUACUGACCGAUACCUCUCGGGUAACUCCUGUAUUUGUUCGAUUCUCGACUGUCCAGGGGAGCCGGGGCAGUGCUGAUACUGUUCGUGAUGUCCGAGGUUUUGCGGUUAAAUUUUACACCGAUGAAGGUAAUUGGGAUCUUGUGGGGAAUAAUAUACCGGUGUUUUUCAUCCAAGAUGCUGUCAAGUUUCCUGACUUUGUUCAUGCUGUGAAGCCAGAACCUCAUAAUGAAGUUCCACAGGCUCAAACGGCACAUAACAACUUCUGGGAUUUUGUGUACUUACACCCAGAGGCUACUCACAUGUUCAUGUGGGCCAUGUCUGACCGAGCCAUUCCAAGGUCAUUUCGAAUGAUGCAGGGAUUUGGCGUCAAUACCUUCGUUCUGGUUAAUAAAGAUGGGCUGCGACACUUUGUCAAGUUCCACUGGAUGCCAGAAUUAGGUGUUCAUUCACUCGUGUGGGAUGAAUGCCUCAAAGUUGGGGGUCAAGACCCUGACUUCCAUCGAAAGGACCUUAUGGAGGCCAUUGACAAUAAAGCAUAUCCCAAGUGGAAGCUCGGAAUUCAGGUGAUUCCGGAGGAGAAGGAGCACGAUUUUGAAUUCGACAUCUUAGACGCUACUAAGAUCUGGCCAGAGCACUUGGUUCCGAUUCGUUGGAUUGGUGAACUUGAGCUCAACCGCAACGUUGACGAGUUCUUCCCACAAACCGAACAAGUUGCCUUUUGCACGAGCCAUAUCGUUCCCGGUAUAGAAUUCUCAGACGAUCCGCUGCUUCAAGGCCGCAACUUUUCAUACUUUGAUACUCAGAUAUCCAGGCUAGGAAUUAAUUGGGAAGAGCUUCCGGUCAACCGGCCCGUUUGUCCUGUUAUGAAUCACCAUAGGGAUGGGCAAAAGCGCCAUCGGAUCAUGCAAGGCACAGUGAACUACUGGCCUAAUAGAUUCGAAGCCCUUCCUCCAGCAAACCCAAAUGAAGGCGGUUUCGUGUCAUACCCAUCGAAGGUAUCUGGCGUCAAAGCCCGUAGUGUGAGCAAGAAGUUCCGCGAACACAUCAGGCAGGCCCAACUCUUUUACAAUUCCAUGAGCGAUCAUGAAAAGUAUCAUAUCAAGAAAGCUUUCGCGUUUGAAUUGGACCAUUGCGAUGACCCCAUCGUAUACAACCGCCUCGUUGAGCGACUCACCGAAAUCGACCUCGAUCUCGCCCAAUCCGUCGCGACGAUGGUUGGUGCACCAACUCCACAGAAAGAAGGUCGACCAAACAAAGGCGAAAAAACAACUGGCCUCAGCCAACCAGAACUUAACAAGCAAUAUGCCGGAGAGCCGACUAUUAAAUCCCGCCGUAUAGCCAUCCUCGUCGGCGACGGCUACGAUCAAGUGGCAUUAAUCUCUGCAAAAGGCGCAAUCAAAGCCGCCGGGGCCAUCCCAUUCAUCAUCGGCACAAAACGCCAGGCCAUCUUUGCAGACCACGAAGAUCCGGGCAAGGACAAAGGUUUGAUUCCUGAUCACCACUACGAUGGCCAGCGCUCAACCUUGUUCGACGCGACUUUUAUUCCUGGAGGGUCCCAUAUCAAAAAGCUGGGUGGAAUCGGACAGAUCCGACAUUGGAUCACAGAGUCGUUUGGACAUCUCAAGCCCAUAGGCGCCACUGGAGAAGCGGUUAAUCUUGUCGCUCAGGCGCUAAGUGCUGUGCCGGAAGUUGACUUGGCGGAUGCCUCUGAUGGGAAAGUGGUUGAGUCUUAUGGUGUGGUGACAAGUAGCAAAUUGCAUGAGCCGGAGAGUCUUGCCGAAGGUAUUAGGAUCCUCAAGGAGGCAAGCGACUUCCUGGGCAAGUUCUUUUAUCAAGUUUAUGAGUCCAGGAAUUAUGAGAGGGAGAUGGACGGGUUGGUUGAUAAGGUUGCUUUUUAGCAAGAGCCCACUACUCGAGCGCGAGGUACCAAAUUGGCUUAUUGUAUUUUCC